AUGGAGAAACUCCAGGGCCAACUGCUCUGUAUCAUGAUGACCGUCACGUGCGGCAUCUCAUACCUCCUGUACGGCUAUGACCAGGGAUUCAUGUCAGGAGUACUACUAUCGCAAGACUUCCCUAUAGUCAUGGACGACCCGUCUACCUUUAUGCAGGGCCUCUUGUCGAGUCUCUAUACCCUCGGAUGCUUCUUUGGCUGCAUUAGCAGCAUAUUCUUUAGUGAGAAACUGGGGCGAAAGAAGCCCAUAUUAAUUGGCACAAUUAUAAUCUCAGUCGGUGCUGUCAUCCAGACAGCCGCAUAUUCUCCCGCUCAGUUCAUCGUUGGGCGGAUCGUGGCAGGGACGGGAACAGGGCUGAACACCUCUGUUAUUCCAGUAUGGCAAGCUGAAACCCUUCCAGCAAGGAAGCGUGAAAAAUUUGGCGCCAUCCAGUACGUUCUGGUUUGCACCGGCACAACCAUCAGCUACUGGAUGGCAUAUGCGCUUUCUUUUUCGGCAAAUAGUGUUUUUCAAUGGCGCUUCCUAGUUGGAGCGCAGCUUAUAUUUGCGGUGAUGAUACUAUGCCUUGUGCCGUGGAUGCCGGAGUCCCCGAGAUGGAACUUUGUUCACGGCCACAGAGGAAAAGGGCUUCGCACAUUGAUGAGAAUGCAUGGCACAUCUGACGAACACCAAAGUGAAGUUGAGGCAGAGGCUCGGUUGAUCCAGCAAGCAGUCGAAUUUGAAGCAAUCCAUGAAGCGACCAGAUGGGUUGACCUUUUCAAGAAUGAACCGCGUACACAAAAUCUCCGACGUCUUAUGCUGGGUUGGUGGCUGAUGUUCAUGGUGAUGUGGUCUGGCGUCUGCAGUAUCGGGUAUUACAUUUCGUACCUGUUCGAAGUCUCCGUCGGCCUCCGCCAUAACUUAUCACUCCUGUUGUCCGGGUUUAACGGCCUCUGGUACUUGCUAUCGGCAUUCAUACCGUUCUUUGUGAUUAAUCGUCUCGGGAAACGGCGGUGUAUGAUAAUUAGCGCCGCUGGCAUGGGCUGCUGCUUCCUGACAAUGUCCUUGACAAUUCGGUCAGGCACGUUUGCAGCCUCGAUCAUCUGCAUCAUCGCUUUUUUUCUAUACUAUACCUUCUUUGCACUAGGAUACCUUGCGAUUCCCUGGCUGUACAACGCAGAGAUCAUGCCUCUUCACCUCCGUUCCCAAGGCACCGCCAUUACGACGUCGUCGAACUGGCUCUGGAACUUCGCCACCGUCAUGAUGACACCGUCACUGAUGAGCCAGCAGGGGUGGAAGGGGUAUCUGGUAUUUACGGUAUUUAAUUUCUGCUUCGUGCCGACGAUCUAUCUCUUCUAUCCGGAGACGACCGGCCGGCGGCUCGAGGAGAUCGACGCGAUAUUCUACGGGACAUCGGCGCUUGUCGCCCGAACGAAAUGGGCCGAAAAGGGACGGAUCGAGGUGAAUCCGCUUGGAGUUAUCCAGGGGCUGGAAUCGUCUCAAAAAGAAAUGGUAGGGCAGCAUGUGGAGUACGUCAACUCAGUCUCGGAGGAUUUUAGCCAAGCAAUCGGAUCGGGUUGA